CCAGCAUUGUUCUUUCAUCACGUAUGACAUACCCAGCAACAAUUUUAAUUUUAAAAGAGAGAGAUUAAAAUCAAAAAGAUGACAAGAAAGAAGGUGAAACUUGCAUGGAUAGAGAAUGACAACACAAGAGCAAUAAGUUUAAGGAAAAGGAGGGUAGGGUUAGUUAAAAAAGUGAGGGAGCUAUCCAUAUUGUGUGAUAUAAAGGCUUGUACAAUCGUUUUCAGUCCUAAUGAAGCUGAGCUAAUGGUCUGGCCAUCAGUUGAGAGGCUCGUGGCCUUCUAGAUGAUUUCUUUGCUUUACCGAGGUAUGAGCAUAUUAAGAAAGAGAUGGAUAUUGAAUUAUUUCUAAAUGAGAAGACAAAUAAGGUUAAUGAAAAGUUGAUAAAGAGUUGUAAGAAGAAUAAAGAGUAUGUCAGUAAUGAGUUGAUGAUGCAACUACAACGCGGUCGUAGAAUCCAUGAUCUUAACUUAAGUGAGAUCUAUACAUUACUAUCUUACUCAAGGGAAACUAUCAUGUCUUUUAGGAAGAAGUUUGAUUUCAUGCAGCAUUCUCCUCUUCGUGAUCCACCGGUGCUUCCAUUCGAGGUGCAAGUCGAACAGUUUAAGAGCACCACUAAGGACGCUUUUUUAGGGGGUGAUCUAGACGUUGAGAGAGCUAGGAACACAAAUGAAGCAACAAGAAUAAUUAACAUUGAUAGUUUAAGGGAGAAUAAAAGUUAUUACUUAAUAGAUCAAUGGUUUCCAACACCUGAACCGCCUAAACCUGUAACAUACCAGCAAAUUGGGUAUGAAACUUCAAACCGUAGAGGCUACAAUCCAUACCAAGGAAGUAGUAGCAAUGGGAACCCUAAUUUCGAGAUGAUGUCAGUUUCCCCGAAGUGAUGACUUUCCAGGGUUCGGUUGGAUCUACCUCUCAACCAUUACAACAUCAAAACAUGAAUAAGAAUCCAAUAGUGGCUAUGAAUCAACCAAGCCAAUACCCUUUUGAUUUAUGUAAACAUUUUUAGAUGGAAAAGGAAUUUACUCCUUUUGUUAUUUUUAAAAUAUUUAUUUUCUUCGUUGCUUUUCAGUAAAUUUCUAGAUAAGUUUUAAUUUGCUUGUUAAGAGUUUAAUAUAUCUUUCUUUGUUGUGAUUAAUAUUGAAGCUAAGUGCUUUGCUUUCAGUAGUAAGAAAAAGUUUAAAAGACAUUUCCAUG